UAUUGUACACAUGUGCACCGCGCAUAUUUCGUGUGUAUUUAAUAAAUAAUAAUAUUAUCGCGAUAUAAUAUUAUAAUAUAUACGCAACUCAUAGUACACACCACUCGACGACGAGAGUUCCGUCGCGAUAUCUCAAGCUCGAUACACUAAUAGUAUAGUCGCCUACUGCUCGGACCGCACAUCAUGAUGAGCAACAGGUCGCGCUCUGGCCGCCCGAUGUAGACGCGUACGCAUGUCCGAGUGUUCGACCGUUUUGACAGUAUAGUGUAAUGUGAUUUAUUUAUUUUUUGACACGCGCCUUUGCCGUUAUUACAUAUUACAUUUAGGAUUUUUUCAUUCCGUUCUCUCGUCAUGCCGACGACACCGCAAAUGAUUAUGAUCUCUGCGAUGGUCCCGACGUUGGCAAUGUUCGUCUGUUCGGCGUUUUCCGCCGCCACGGCGGCGCCGCAGGGAACGUCACCCGACGACGAAACCGCAGUGGCGGAAAUAUCACACGAACCGACGAAUAUGGUGCGUUUUGUGUUAUCGGAUAUACCGCCUGUGUACCAUUGUAACGACAGCCUGCAAUGCCCAUCUGAAUUUGGUUUCACCAGGUGCGAAAAUCACCUGUGUGUGUGCGACGAGAAUUUUUAUCAAGUACUCAACAAGACUUCUGAUACUACCUACUGUCGCCUAUGUUCGCUGUUUCAAGAAAGCUGCGCCGUCACACAAUGCUGUGAAAAUCCACAUGCCACAUUUUGCUUCAACGGUUUGUGCGUAUGCAGGCCUGGAAUGGACGAAGAGUGUCUUUUGAUGAUUUAUAGAGGCAGGUACACUCCGACGCUGGGCAUUCAGUUGGCCAACACUCUUUCAGUGUCGUUCGCAUUCGUCUUCCUUGCCAUUACAUUCGUCGCGGUCAUUAGGAAAACGUUAUUCAGGUGCAGUUUUUGCAGAUGCGAUUCGAUGAGCAGAGUAGCUAGUGACAGUUCACUGAACGAGUUCAUUAAGCAAAAAAUGCAAAACAGGCCGCCGUGUUACGACGACAUCGAAAAAGACCGUAAAGUUCCUAUUGCUGACUGCAGUACAAGUGUAUGCACCAAUAACCAUCAGCCUCCGCCCGAGUACGGCGCCAUUCACUUCGGCCGGCAGGGCACAAUCCUGCGCGGCUCGUUGAACCCGUCCCUGUCGAUCAGCGACGAAGUGGAAAUGAACACGGCCCCGCCUAACUAUUCGACGUUCACGACCGUCACCCAAGUCACGCUGACGACGACCGCUGACACGUCAACCGCUCGGACCAACGACGAAAUCAUUCUCACGCAACCGAUCUACACGAAUCGCGAGUUCUUGCGACUCGGGUAGACCUUCCUCCGUGAUGUCCGCGAGACCGCAUACAUAAUAUGUGCACACGAGAUAUUAUAUUAUUAUGGUAUAUUAUUAUCGUGUUGUAAUGUACGGCCGGUCUCGCGAUCUCUACUGUACAGAUCACUGCUCACAUUAUGCAUACAGACUGGGGUAUUACGAUAAUAUAACAUUCCGUCCUAUGUACUUAUAUAUAUAUAUAUAUAAUAUUAUGUGACGUUGUAUGACUGUUUUGUGUAUUUUGUUAUAAUUUUUUUUUUUUUUGUCCCUUCUCGUGCUGUACGUUACCUACCAAGUACCAAUCUAUACAAAUACAUAUAUACUCUAUAGUAAUAAUAUAAAUAAUAGGCGAAUAUGUGAAUAAAACGACCGACGACUGUGUACCGUACGACUGACUCCACAUCGACCGCUUAUAUUAUGUGUAGUAUAUAAUACCCGUACACGGGUAUAUGGCCGUGCGAGUUUGAACGUUUGAGAUGAUUAUUAUUGUAUUGCGUUUUGUUCGUUUUUUUCUUUUCUUUUUCGUUGUUCAGUAUUUGUACCUAUUUGUAUUUUUGUUAUUUUUGCACGAUUUAAUUGUAUUGUGUACGCGUCGUAUACAUUUUAUUUAUAUACAUAGAUAUAUUCAUUAUCAUCAGUGAUAUUCAAUGUGAUAUUGUAGUAAUAAUAAGUUAUACCUAAAUAGAUAAAUACGUGCGAGUCCCUAGCUAGUGCGUAAACCGCAGCCUAUUAUUUAACCUGCGCACGUUACCUACGACUGAUGAUAUAUUAUAAGUGAACGUUAAACUCGUGUUGUUUUUUAACGUCAUCCGUUAAAUAUAUCUGUACAUGUAUAAAUAAUAAUUAUGUACCUAUAUGUACCUUUAUAUAUAUGAUGCUAAUUGAUAAACAAAACGAAUAAAUAUACGAUUUCUAGA